CUACUUAGAGUUCACACCCAUUUGCAGCAAAUGUUUAACCACAAGUGCAUAGCAAGAUAAAACUAUGACUAACCAGCGAAUCAGCUGCACUCCUGUCAUGAAAGUGGGAAACCUGUUGGACAAGAUGACAACAACGGCUGUAAGAAUACAGCAGCAGUAUCAGCUUUACAGUAACUACUCUUCAUGAAGUACCAUCAAUGGAAUUUGCUUGUGGUUUUGUUUAUGUUCCUCCUGCGCAAAAUGCCUUUAAACAAUCAGCUCUGCCGCCUACACAGAAGUGUGUCCGUCCUCGGGUGCCUCCUCCUCCUCCACCAACAUCCACCAAACAGGUGACCUCUGCCUCCAAGGUCAUUGAGCAGCUCCCAACCAAUGAAGUGAAAAAGGAAAUGGGGACCUCAGUUUUUUAUGAAAACGACACAUUAAGAAGCACGGUCUUACCUGCCAGCACACAGUCUACACAGAAUUCAGCUAAAAAAACAGCUCUUUUGCCCCCACACAUGCGCAUCACUCCGUCUGUUCCUGCUAAGCCUCGCUCUACUUCGUACAGUGAACCAUGGAGACCCAACAGUCAGUAUGAAGUCCCCCCUUGUGGGCCUGAUUUAGACAACCUGCCCUGGGACCCCGAUUACAUAUACCACAUCCCUGAGACCUCAGACAUCUCUGACAGUGUGUACGAGACACAGCCACCAGGCAGAAGAAACAUGACCCCAACUGUCCCUCCUCGUCCAGUCAAUAUGCAGCCGAUACCUGAGUAUUUGAUGAUUCUACCAUCAAAACCCUCUACAACAGAAUCAGCUCUUCAGUCGGUUCAAAAUACUGCAAAAAGUUUUGACAAUGGACUUCCAGGAAACCCCAAUGUUGUUCUUGUCAGUUUGGGAAAGCUGCUGUUUGAAGAAAGAGUGCAGCUUAUCCAUGGAGAGCCUGUAUCUUGCUCCAAGUGUGGCUCAGUGCUGGACUCCAUUUACGCAAAUGUGGUGGAGGUGUGUUACUUCUGUAAGGAUAAGCAGACGACUGUCCCUGUCAGUGUCCCAGAGCAGGCUCAGGACAUCCUGUUUUCACUCAGCCCUGAUCCAGACCCCCCACAACCUCCAGACCCCGUCCUCCUUUUCUGCAUUGACACCUCUGGCUCUAUGAUCAUCACCUCACAGGUCAUUGAGCAGGGUAAAAUUGUCCACAGAUCUCGACUUAAGUUUGUCCAAAAUGCUGUAUUUGACUGUGUACAAAGACUGAGUGAACAAAAACCAAAAACAAGAGUGGGGCUUGUAACGUUUAACUACAAAGUUACCCUACAUGGAUAUGAGAAUUACCCGACACAUUACCUUAGUAGUGAUGAGUUGAUUGACACAGAGUAUCUGAAAAAUGCAGCCGCCUCUUUCCCCAAUCCUCCUCCUGUUUACAAGAAUAAGGACUACCUGCAGAGACAAGUAAUGGGGUUAAAGGAAAGUGGAACCACAGCUUUAGGUCCAGCUGCUCUACUCACCAUUGAAAUGGCAUCAAGACACCCAGGGUCCAAGGUAAUCAUUUGCACUGAUGGAAAGGCCAACACUGAACUGGGAAACCUAGAGGAGGAAGACAUUGAUGCUCGCACUCUUCUCUCCUCCACCAUUUUCUACCAGGAGCUGGGGGAAUAUGCAGCCAGUCAGGGCGUGACAGUGUCAGUAUUGUCAAUUGAGGGAACAGACUGCAGGCUGGAUGAACUGGGGAGACUAGCAGAUCGAACAGGAGGCAAAGUUGUCAUUGCAAGCCCUAAAAGAUUGCAUCAAGAGUUUGAAGAGAUUAUUGAGAAUAACACAAUAGCCACACAUUGCGCAGUGUCAUUUCUGCUGCCAAAAUCCUUACAUGUGAAAGGAGAAAGAGAAGCAAGUCACAAAGGAGUCCGAGAGGUGGGAAACAUUGACCCAGAAAAAGAGAUCACUUUUCAGUUUGGAUUAAACGACCAUGGAGCACAUGUUCCUCCACCAGCUUCAGGCAACACAGUCUAUGUACAGCUUCAAGUCAGAUACACACAAAAAAACGGACAGAAAAGGCUGCGGGUGAUAACUGUUCCCAGAGUGGUCACUAAUGACAGCUCAUUGGUGCUGUCCUCUCUGUCUUUGCCUAUCAUUCAGCUCAACUCAUCUCAAGUCACUGCUGCUCUGGCCGUGCGGGGACGGUUUGUGGAUGCCACGAAAGAGGGAGAGCAGCAGAAGAGGCUCAUAGAGAGGGCUAUUGCUCUUAAUGCCAGCAUAGAAGACAAAGAUAUGUAUCAAAAAUGGAUUAAAAUCAUGGAGGCUAUCAACAACACCUUUCACAAGUUCACAAGGAAGAAAUUCAUCGUUUCAGAUUCACAAUCUCUUACUGAUGCCGAUGCUGCACUGCUCUACACUUUGAAGCACAGUAACAGGAAGUCCAUCCAUAUUCACUAAAGAACAAACACAGACAGCCUUUCACCUCCUUGGACCGGACUCAAGUCUGUAGGACAAGCAUUACGUCGUGUAUAUUCUGUACUGUAACAGAAAGGCAGACAUGAUGCAUGUGAUAGAUGAUCAGUGCUUUAGGAUUACUGUAAAGUUUUAAGUAAUAUACUACUGCCACAAUUACUGUUUUGUGCAUGUGUCUAGUUUGUCACUUUGUAUUAUACAAUAAAAUUAACUUUGUCUCCCAUUUCAAGAAAGUGGCACAAUCAGUUCUGUAAAAAGCUGCCUCUUCUCGUUCUGUAAUUUGCACAUUUUUGGAAGAUGUUUCCACACAUUUCUUCUUAUACAAUCAUUUAUUGAUCCAGACAAAUAAAAGGCAAUGGUACAUACACUGCAGUGUACUUAAAUUAUUCUAGUAUUCUUUGAUAAAUGAGUAUUUCCAAAGGACAAAAGUAAAGACAGCUUUGUUGAGGUGAAAUUAUAAAUAUAUAGACUGUGCAUUUAUUAUUUAGGUAAUGUCAAAUAUGUACAUGUUUAAUUAAAAUGUCGUGUGGUUUUGCGUUU